GGAAACAAACAAACAAUGAACCUCUGUUCAUGACUCAACAAGUGAACAAAAGGGGGGUGGAUGGGGAUGAAUCUAAAUUUCUUCAACAAGGAAUUUCCUGACUGGGCAUCUGUUGUGUAAUCCCCCCUCCCCGACUCAUUAUAUGACCCAGAAAGCUCCAGCACCGGACCAGACGAGAGGAGAACAUCAUGAAGUUGAAUUUGCCUGCAGCUCUUUCUUCUUUGGCAUUGUUAGUCAUCUUCCUGUCCCCAGCUUGCUGUCAGCAGCCUGUAAACUGCAGAUGGGGCUCUUAUGGAGAGUGGUCUGAGUGUGAUGGCUGCUCCAGUACAAAGGUGCGGACUCGCCAUGUGGAGGUGUACGGCCAGUAUGGGGGUUUGCCAUGUGUAGGAGAAGCUACGCAAACACAACCAUGUGUCCCAACGAAGACAUGUCCCCUGGCAAUAGGCUGUGGAGACAGGUUCCGCUGUACCUCUGGUCAGUGUAUCAGCCGGUCUCUGGUGUGUAACGGGGACCAGGACUGUGAGGACGGCCUGGAUGAGAGAAACUGUGAUCCAGACGGCAGCAACUACUCAUGUGAUCUCGACAAAACUCCUCCCAACUCUGACUUCACAGGCAGAGGGUACAACGUGUUGACAGGCAAACUGAGAGCAGGUGUGAUCAACACUCUGAGCUUUGGAGGGCAGUGCAGGAAGGUGUUCAGUGGUGACCAUAAAGUCUUUUUCAGACUGCCACAGAACAUCCUCAGGUACAACUUUGAGGUGACAGUAAACAAUGAAGAAAGCGAUGAAUCCUACGAGAGCUCCUGGUCCUACAUGCAGCACAUCACGUCCAACGCCUUAUUUGGACACGACCGCCGCUCUUUUCAUAAAGAGGUCACUGAGGAUAAGGCCUACAAACUCAUAAUCCUGAAGAAUAAAGUGGAGCUGGCCCAGUUCCAGAACUCGGCCCCUCAGUAUCUGACUCUGUCUGAAGGCUUCUGGAAGGCCUUGUCCUCGCUGCCGUACACAUACGACUACUCAGCCUACCGCCAGCUGUUUGAGACAUACGGCACACACUACCUCUCCGAGGGCUCACUCGGAGGGGAAUACCAAGCCAUGUUGGAGUUAGACCGCCAGGCGCUCCAAUCGUCCAGUACUACCAAUAUAGAUUACCAGAGGUGUUGGAGAAAGGUGAAACGCCGUCUCUUCAGGAAGAAGGUCACGACCGUCUGUGAAAAACUGACAAAAGCUUUAGCUACCAGCAACCAACACAGUGUGAACAAGAUGCCCAUUAAGGUCAACACGUUCGGAGGAGAUAUAGCCUUUCAAAGCGCUCUGUCUCUUCUGGAUCUGGACAACCCAGAAGCUAACGGAGAAGUCUACGAUAACUGGGCCUCGUCUGUCAAAGACUUCCCUGAAGUCGUAGACCAGAAGCUCCGUCCUCUCUAUGAGCUGGUGAAGGAAGUGCAGUGUGCAGGUCUGAAGAAGCUCCACAUGAAAAGAGCCACAGAGGAGUACCUGGCGGAGGAGCAUCCCUGUCACUGCCGGCCCUGCCAGAACAACGGGCAGCCGGUGCUGACAGGCUCCACGUGUCGCUGCGUCUGCCGGCCAGGAACAUCAGGACGAGCCUGCGAGAGAGGGGCUGUGACCGGAGAACAACCGGGGGUGAUCCAUGGCAGCUGGAGCUGCUGGUCCUCCUGGGGAUCCUGCUCUGGAGGUCAAAAGUCAAGGACCAGAAGCUGCAACAACCCCGCCCCCAGGAGUGGUGGUCAGCACUGCUCCGGACUCCAGGCGGAGCAGAAGCCUUGUGAGGACACAGACAUCCAGCACUUACAGAGGAUGGAGCCUCAGUGCUUCGGCCUCCCUGUGACUCCACCAAAGACAUGUGGAGCACCUCCGAACCUCAGGAACGGAUAUAUUCAGAGUCCCAAAGACUUUUACCUGGUUGGAAACAGGGUGGAGUACUCCUGCAUAAAUGAUUAUCACCUCAGUGGGGACGCUGUGGCUGAAUGCACUGAAAACCAGACAUGGAGGACUGGAGGGAAGCUUUGUAAAAGUUCCACGUGUGGGAUUCCUCAGCUCAAUAGUGAAGUUAUAGCCACGCCCACCAAAGUAGCCUAUCAUAUUGGAGACCGUGUGUCCCUGUCCUGUCCUGAGGGGUCAGUGCUGGAAGCAGAGGAGUCACAUAGCAUGUGUAGUCCCAGUCUGCAGUGGUCUCCUUCACCGGACAGGGCUCACUGUAACGCUGUGCCCUCAGCUCCCCCUCCACCAGCCAACUUGAAGUGUAAGCCAUGGGAGAGCAUAGGAAAAGAUGAGUGUGUGUGCAAAAUGCCAUUUCAGUGCUUGACUUCUCUGCAGUUGUGUGCCACGAUGGGAACAAGAACCCGUUUGCUCAGUGUUUGUCAGCUGGGAGCUCUGCGGUGUAUGGGGCGGAGCGUUGAGUUGGCCACUAACAGCAACUGUGAUUGGCCAGCGGAGACGUUCACGUCCUGCGAGAACUGCAAACCAGGGACAGUCUGUCAGGAAUCCAAAUGCGUUUGUCAGAUUGCGUCGGCCUGCCCUAAAGACUCCGCCCCCCUGUGCGUCAGCUCCGGUGUCGGCAGUGCUACCGUGACGAUGACUGAAUGUGAGGUGGGGGCCAAACGGUGCGCAGGGGAGCAGGUCAAUGUUGUCAGUAUUGAGGCUUGUCCAGCAUAAAGACGGCUGCUGAACUGUAACGCUGUACAUUAAGAAGGGAGCACUUGUUUUUUCUAAAUAAUUCAACUGUAAAUAGAAUCUAAUAAUUUUUCACUAAAUGUAAAUAUGUGUUUCUUUUUAUAUUUGUCACAAAGGACUAAUGUUAGACAACAUUUGCAUGUCAAGUAAACAUGAGGCUCUGUUCUGAAAGUCUGAUAAAAUCUUAAAUAACGUAUUUUGUUAUUAAUUGUAUUUUGCUAUAGGAUGUUAAUAAAUUACUUUUUAGAACAA